GAUGAUCUGGUUUUCUAAUGACAUAAAUAAUUACUUAUUUGUUUGUGACAACGUUAGUGUUGUGAUUUCUACCGUGCAGGAUGGACGCGUCUCGUUUAUUAAGUUUGGCAGUUUUGUUGUUGGCGCUAGUGUCGCGGUCAGUCGCCGUCACUACAGAAGCUGAACCACCCUCAACUGUGACCUCUGCUGAAGAAAUUGAAACCACAACCAUGUCACCACCGCCGCCCCCACGCAAUUGCUCGACUGCGAAGCGCGUCGAAGGCGUCUGCGUUCUGAGACAGGACUGCGACCACAGCGUGGGACCUAUAGACCUGAGCUUGUACAAGCCUAAAUGGUACACCAGCCCCUGCUUGGACGACGAAGUGUGCUGUCCUUUCACGGCUCUCGUCGUACAAGCACAACCUACCGGCGAAACCGAAGACAACUCCGUCAAUGAUUCGUCUUUUGAUUAGUUAAUAAAUUAGUUUACCAAAUCUUA